GUUCCUCACUGGUGUUGAUCGUACCUGCUCUCUGCUAUACCAGCACAAACAAGUUGGGUCAUGGAUGUUUGCCAAUUAAAAUUAUAAUCAAUAUAUAAUAUUUCACCGUAGGCCUAUAUAGAGCCUGGCUUCCCACAAUCCAAAUUAAUUUCAUUUCACCAACCGUUGACAUCAGAAGGAGAAAAAAGGGCUAUUUGAUUGUGAUCACAUCCAACUAUUUUGUCUGAAAGGUUUAUCACGAUGUUCCGUAUCGUCUUCGGUGUCGUCCUGGUCAGCGGUAUCGCUUUGACUCAUGGUCUGUCUGAGGAACAGACCCUGCUAUUUACGACUACGGGAAAACAGGAGCAAAACACCAACCUAAUCGGAACGGUAAGCGUCAGCGAACGGGGACGGUAUUGGAUUAUAAGAUCCAAUAACAUACCAGACCACGACACCGGGACCUUUCCAACGAAAAGCAACCCAAAUGGAAUUCAAGUGCAGAGUUACAGAUUUGAAGUACCGAAGAAUCCCGAGGUCAAUGAUGUCUCAACCUGUCUUCCGAUGGGCCCCAUCGCGAUCGCUACAAACGGCAUAGUUAUGUACAAUCCCUGGGACGCCGACGGCGAGAACGCGGUGGAGGGCGAAGGCGCAGAGGUAUUCGACAUAUGCGACGGCCACCCAGAUAUCAAAGGAAGGUACCACUAUCACAGACAACCGUCAAGCUGCCUUUUCACCAUCACCGAAGAUCCCUCUCCGCUUGUCGGCGUCGCUUUCGACGGCUUUGCCAUCUAUGGACCUGUGGAUGAGAACGGUCAGCUUCUGACAUCGGACGACCUCGACGAAUGUCACGGUCGUUACAACAGCAACAGCGGCGUCUAUCAGUACCACACGACUGCCGACUUCCCUUACAUCCUCGGUUGCUAUCGUGGCACACCUACGAUCGGCAUAAAUGGGAACAAUUGCCGCAAGGCGUCUGAUGCUGAUGCGGAAGGCAACGUCCUAUAACCCAGUCUAAGCAAUGUCUGCUUUCGACAAAGCACAGGGGAGUGGUUCAUGUAACAAUCAAAUUGUCAGAUUGAUUUUAACCGAUUGAUUUGCUUUGAGCCGAUGGGAUGAUAUGAUUUCAGUAGCUUAUAACAAUAAUCAGUUAAAAUCGCUGACUUUAAUUUGUUGUUUCAUGAAAGAAUCUCCAGAUGUCGACAACUUCGAUGGCAAAAAUAUCAGGUUAUUGGGGAGGGGAAUUAGCUGGGUAAGCAAUGAGCAAAAAAAAAAAAAAAGAUUAAAAUAAUCAGUCUUCAACUUCUAUUAUUCCCGUUUUCCCUUAUGUAACUCUAAUAAAUUUGCUUCCUAUAUAACUCAAAACGAGAGUACACUAGGAAGGGAAUGAAUUUUUCUAUAAUUUAUGAUGAGAUAAUAUCCCUUGACUUAAAAGUACCUCCAGAAGAUGAUAUCUUGUAAGGCAAAAAAUGGGAAGAGAAUAGUCAAGUGAGAUUUCAUGUGGGGUACGGGUGUAUGGGCAUGAAUGGUGUGGGUAAAAAUCGAGAGUGUUUAAAUGGAAUCAUUAUGACAUCACCAAUAUGGCCAACUUGAAGUCUUCAUUGGUCAAGCUGCAGUAUGAUCACAACCGUUAAAAGUCACAACUUUCUUAAUUCCGAUGUUGUUCAAACUUUGUCCCAUUUACUUGUCUGAUUUUUAUUCUUUUCUUUUUUCUCCCCUAAAACAACUUUCUGUAGAGUUUUAUUUCACUUUAUUUGGGCUGCAGUUAGAUGGAGUAGGUAUAUAAAUACUUCUUUAUCGUGUUUAUUAUCACGAUUAUAAUCUAUAUUACCUGAAAUCAUUUGUGUCUCUUCCAUAAUUUGUUACUAUUUGAAGUGGGUUCGAAAUUCUUUUUUUUUCUUUAUAAAUUUUGGUCGUGACAACUAACAAAUACUUUGAUUUUAAUGAUAAGAAUAUGCUUAUUCCUAUAUAUAAGCGUUAAAGCGUUUAAAUGUUUUAGCAAAUAACCUUCAAUAUUCUCUAUAGUAAUCGACACAAUCCGGACAUUAGAGUAUUUAUAUCAGCCCUAAAAAGACCCAUUUGAAUUCUUUGUUUACUGUUUUGAGCCAUGCGCAUGUAGUUUUUCUUGUUCGGUUAAGGCAAAUAUAGCUAUAUUUGACCUAAUUCUUGAAUUAUUAUUGUUACUUACGUUUCUCUUCCUAUGACAUUUAUUCCAAUAAAGACGAUAUAAUAUCUGAUCAAUUAAACUGUAA